GAUCCCGCUUAAUUUUGACGUUUUGUUUGCUACUUUAUGGUUUUUAUUGGGCAAUCGGACCAAAUUUUGUAAUGUUUUGGUUCAAUGAAUUUAGUUUUUAAAGGAUAUUCCUGAUAUGUUUUGCUUCGCAUUUAGAUUUUUCAUUAUACAGAUAAAUCAUGCAAAAUUUAACUGCUUUGUCUCCUAAUUCAAUAGAGAUGAAGACAAAAAUUGUUCAACCUUUUGAUGUCAAAGCUGUUUCUUUUAAAACACCAUCUUUUAAGAUAUGUGAUAGUGAAUCUGCAAUACACACAGCUUCUUCUCUUUUGCAUGUAGCUAUUGCAUCUGAUAGAAAAGUGGUCUUGUACAAUGAAGGUUCUUUAGACAUAUUUUGGGAAAUAGAUAUUGAUUCUACUAUUUGCAUUGCUUUGUCAGAAGACUCCUGUUUUUUACUUGUGGCCCAAAAAUCAGGGAUUCUUUCAUUGCACCACAUACAACAAAGAAUACUGAUUUGGAGACAUGAGUGUAAGAAUAGUACUACUUCGGAAAAUUACUGUAUUGAAGAGAUCUUUAUAAAUGUAGAUAAUUCAGGUUUUCUUAAUGUAUAUGUCCUGACAGAAGAGGGUAUUGUACUUGAUUUCAAUAAGUUAACUGCUUCUGACUUACUAAAAGCCGUUGAAGAAAAUGGUGUCUCUUCAAGAGAAAAUAAUAUGCCAUUCAAAGAAUAUGAUUUAAAAACUCUGUACCCUGGUUAUAAAACUUUUAGUGUUCUGCGGUUCUACCGGCAUUCAUUUCUUGUGGGCUUUGUUGGGUUAUCAGCCAACCAUGUUCCAGAAUUCCCAGAUUUUUUCAACAUCGAAGAUAUGGUUGAUGGUAUUGUGGAGCCUAGUUGGGAACACAAUCCAAAGAAUUUGAAUCUUCCCAAGAUUUUUGAUUUGAGUGGUAUCAAAUGCAAACAAAAGGCAGUAAAUAGUAGAGAUGGGAGAUAUAUUUUCCUUCUUCAUGGAAAGUGUAGUUUAACAGUUAUUUGUGCGUAUACUGAACUUAUAUUGUCAACAUGGAGAAUUGAAACUGAAGACAAAGCAAUAGAAGAUUUUACAUUGCAUGAGUCAUUCAAUCAAAACAGUUUUGUACAUGGUUGUAAGGUUGGCUUACUAGUUGCAUCACGAAUAACACAUAAUUAUAAGUUUGAAAUCAGGAAUUAUCCAUCAUUUGAAACAAUUUAUAGUGUAGAACUUUCUAAUUAUGUGCAAUUAGUAGAUAAUAUGCCAAAUCAAGACUGUUGGUACAUUUUUGAUGCUACUGUGUCUUCAGAUGAAACUGACCAAAAAUAUGUCAAUCAACCAUCGAUUAAAGCUAUUUUUGAAGCUUCACCUGAAUCAAGACUUCAUAAUUUAGUAAACAAAAAACAAUUUUCUGAAGCUGAAGAACUUGCGAAAUCAUCCAAUCUGAAUAGUGAAGUCAUCCAUAAAGCUAAAGUUAAUCAUCUUCUGAAUGACUUAAAUAAAGAUAUUCAAUCUUCAGCAUCUGAAAUUAAAGUGGACAGCUUGUGGAGUGAGCUAAAAUGCUCUCUAGGAAAAAUUGAAGAUGUAGAAUACAUUAAAGUGAUUGCUACAACUUCUUUACAUUCAUUAGAAUCUAUUGAAAGAUUGCUCUUUUGUGUAAAAGAUUGGAUUGAGAAUAAUAAAAAUUUGAAUGGAAUUUCUUCUUUCAAUACUCAGGUCAAUCAGCAUUUGAAUAAACUUGUCACCAAUAAACUUUUGUCUUCAUCAAAUAUAAGCAUGAACUUUGAAGAUUUCUUGCAUAAAGAUUUGCUUGAGUAUGUCAUUUCACAGUUGACUAUUGGAAAUUUAAGUAAUGCAUUUGUUGUUUGGGGAAGACAUGAGGAUGAAAUUGUAACAGUACUGAGUGAUGAAGUUGUUAAACAAGUUGUUGAGGCCAUACCUUCAGAAGUGCCUUCUAAGCUGUUAAUUGCUUUUUUAUCGGAAGAUUUUUUCCCACCUGUCAUUUCAAAAUGCCCCAACUCAGUUAACAUUAUUGCAGAAUGGUUAAUCAAAAGAGUUACUCUCAUGGAGACGUCGGAAACAGAAUUAUGGCCAGAAAAUGCAAUUGAUUUACUUUCUGUAUUUUUCCAUGCCAUUCAAGAUUUGUCUAAGACGGAAAAUAAAGGCCUAAUUAGCUUCUCUACAAGUUUAUCUCUUCUUGCAGUUCAUAAAAAAAUUGUGGAUCCUGAUUGUUGUGUUGGUCGGCUUAAUGGAAUACAUCAGAAACUGAAGUGGCUGUUAUUGUUAAAGUCUCAGUUUAAUUGUCAAGUGCCUUUAUCAAAUUUUCAGGACUCUAAAAUGGGCCUUGUGUUUGCUGUGCUGGACCGUAUAGAUCUACAGAUUAUUCCAAAUGUUAUUGAAAUUUUUGCUAGACCUUAUGCUUUAGAUAAUGAUUUAGAUCUUGAUUUUUGCCUUGAACAAUACAUAAAGACUGUUUUUCAAUCAACAAGAAUGAUGCAUAUAAAAAAACUAUGGGAAGAACGUUUAGUUUCAAUCAAUAAUUGCAUCCAGUCAACAAACAGGAGAAUGAGUUCUGCAUUGCUGAUUAUUUCUAAAGCCGAUGUCCCAUGGUCAGAAUGUGUUAAGAAAUUAGUUCAACAAGGUUUGGAGUGUGUUCAUGAUAGAGUUAAAGAGUUUGAAGUGGAGGCUAAAUUAGUGGGUUUAAAAGAAAUUUUGGCAAAAUAUGGCCUAAAAAACUUUUCCAAGGAAAAUGACCCAAAUACGAUAAAACUUUUAGUAAAUUUUAUAUUCAAACAAAACAGACCAUCAGCUAUUGAAGAUGCCAAAAAAGUAAUAUUAUCUAUAUUUGAUCAAAGUCUUCAGUUCGAUGUAUACUACAGUUACAUUCAGUUUGCUUUGAAUCAAAAUAAGUUGGAUGCUAUGCUUGAUGUCUUUGAAAACCUUGAAACCAAUACAGUUGCCGAAAUAUCUUCUAGAUUGUUGAGAUAUGUAAAACUCACUUUGGAGGAUAAUUUCUUGUCAGUGAAUAACAGGGAUUUAUUUAAAAAUGUGACCUAUGCUGGCAUAUAUGUCAUUGAGUAUUUGAAAAAAAUGGAAAAGCCUUAUGAUGAUGAAUUACUUAUUGCUCUUAGAUGCUUGAUGAAACUUAAUGUUGAAUUCAAUAUGUAUGUAACACUUUCUGAAGUUCUCUCAGUAUCUUAUUGCCAAGCUCUCGUAGAGGAUGCUAUUAAAAAUUUGCUGGAUAAUAAAAAAAGCUUGGUAUUUGUAGUGGAUUCUAGCAAGAAGCAGGCUUCAACAGUUUCUAACCUGCCAUCUAACCUUUGCAAAAUAUAUAGGCUUGGAGAUAUUCUUCAAAUUCACCGAGAGAAGGUUGUGGGUUUACUGAUCACUCAUGGCCUUCAACGGCAUAAAUACGAUUUUGUUUUGAAGCUUCAACAAGAAUCAAUUGCCACUCAACCAUCAGAAGAAACAGCUGCAGCUAUAAUGCAAGUUGUUGCACAUUUUUAUCAUAAUUUUGAUAACAUUAAAGAUUUUAGCUUUAGCAUCAUGAUUGAUACUAUCCAUCACUUAAGUAGUCUAGCUAUUGCUUAUUGUAAUGAAGAUAAAAUGCAAAAGUUUUUACCUUUUGUUAAACUAACCAGUUAUCUCUUUGCAAUACGUGAUAUUAUCGGUGAAAAAUCUUUGGACUCAUCAUGCUUUAUAUCAGACUCAUAUCAUAAGUGGAAAUUUUACCCUCUUUAUCAAGAUGAAGGAUUUAAUUUACAGUCUGAGAUAAUUACUAAAUUUGUUAAAUCUGUGAUGUCCAGUUAUUUUCAUGAUGAUUCUGCUGCUAUUGAACAAAAUUUUUUCGAUGUAUUGCGAAAUUUGGAGCUUCAAAUGGAAGAAAAUGGUCAAGCAAUAGGUGCACUGAGAACACUAAUAUUAUUUAUUCAGCUGGAAUUAUUUAAAAGUUUUUCUGAUUUUAAUUGUUCUCCAUCACUUUGUUCUCGUGUUGUGUCUAUUAUAUUAGACGUCAUUCAAAAUGCUUUGAGUCAAAGGCGAGUUGAUCUACACUUUGCUUUGGAUUUGUUUAAAGCUUUACCUAAAGCUAUUCAGAUGACUUCUUUAAAAAAUGUGUUGAAAAGAUGUGCUGGAGAUUUAAAACGUCUGUCAUAUGUGGGGAAAAUAGGUAUGGAAAUUUCUCAGUCUCUUGAAAAUCAGCAGGAGUGGUCUAAUUUCACUAGCAUUUACAAGAAGACGUCUUUGUUGACUAAGAAUCAUUUCAAGGUUACAUCACAUGUUUUAGUGUCAAGUGACUCCAAUUUAGAGGAACGUUGGGCUGUUGUGAAAGAAAUUGUUUUGUCACCAUCUACUGAUCUACAAACUGUCCAUGAGUGCUGUGAUGCAUUUCAACUACCCUUCGAUUAUGUUGCUGUUAUAUAUCUGAAUCAUAAACUACUUGAGCUGGAAAAGCAGUUAAUAAGCAAUCAAAUGAGGUCAGAUGAUGAAAUAUUUGUAGCAUUGAAAAAAAUUGAAGCAAUAAUUUGGGGUAUUGAAAAUGAAGAAACUUUGUUAACCAAUUUCAUGAAUCUGAAAAAAAAGAUUGGUCCUUACAGUUAUGAGAUUCUAAUUUUCAUCGAAGAGCAAUUAUCGACAAUUGAAGCCAAUGUACAAACACUAAAUCCUGUAAUCCAUCAAAAGAAUAUUGAUCUUUUGAAGUUUUUGAAAGUGUACAAAAGAAUAUAUUCUCCAACUAAUGAGGAGAUUGAAUAUUGGCGUUCCACUCACCCAAUGGAUACUAACUUACCUGACAUAGCGAAUACUCGUUUAUCAUUCAACAUAUUUGCCUCUGAAAACCCAUUUAAAAUCAUCAAUCCGGAAGUUACAUCGAAUACUUUAAAAUUGUGGCUUGAAAUUGCUCCGAUUCUACAGCUCUCCACUGAUCACUUGGUGGUUGUUGCAUUAAAAAAUCAAGUAUCCAAAUAUUUGGAUCAAUAUUCAGCCAAGAUCAUUGCGCCGAAUCAUGAUAACAACUUUGUUUGCUCUGUCAAUAAGAUGCUGGAAAUGAUAAAUAAAUCUGAAACAGCUGUUGGAUGUGCAACAUGGAUUAUGAACAAAAUGCCUUCUGGUGGAAAUAAAGUAAUUUUUGCAAAACUUGCUGUAAAAUUUGCUCAAAAAUGGUAUACAGAGUCACAAGGCACAGGAAGUGUAGAAGAAUUAGUGAAGAGAUUAUCAUCACUGCUGCAAUCUUCAGAGAUUGAGAGAAUUCUAUACAAAAACAAUUUACCAUUAGAAAAAAAUUUGCCACUCACUCAUACACCAGCUCUUUUGGUUGAGCAUUUAAUUGAAAACUACACAUUCAAUCUUGAUGAUAGUACAAAAAUUUGCAAAGCUGCUAUUGAAAUAUGCACUCUUGUUAACAUGAAUUUUAAUGAUGUAGUUUUGAAAUUCAUUUUUAAAUGGUUAAAUGAUUCCCAAACACACUCCACAAAUUUAGAUGAGUCAUUUGCUCAUUUUGAUUCUCCUGGACCAAAAAUAUGUAAUAAAGACUCUGUGGAAGAUAACAAGAUUAGAAUAACAAAUCUACUCUUGGGUUUACCAGAAAAUAUUUUACCAUCCAUGCGACAGAACAUAUUAAAGUAUACUGAAGAGAUGUCAACCUACACUAGAGCAAAAUUUGUGUUUUGUUUGGCUUCAGUUUUUGGUGUAAAUCAAAUAGCUGACCUCCUUGGAUUACCACCGGAAAAUUUGGAAGAAAACUUGAUACCUACUUUGUGUUCUGCUGAACUGCAGCAGUUGGGACUUGCAUAUCCUCUUCAUAUGCUAAAUAAGUGUAAUAAAGUUGAACUGCUACAAAAAGUACUGACUUCUAACUCCCACAACACUGAUGCUCUGGUGUUUUGUGUAAGAUUGUGCCAGGAACAUAAUAUUUGGCAUGCUUCUAUUUGGGAGACAAUUCUUCAAAGAAUGCUUGCAAAAUCAAUGUUUAGUUUGCUCCGAGAAAUACUACCUGCUACACAAGGACGAUUGAUCCACUUGUGGAAUAAUAAGAUAUUUAUAAGUGCUUGGAAUGCAGUAUUCUGUGACUUAUUAAAAAUUGAUUCUCAAGAUUCAAAGUACUUGCUUUCAAAAGUUUACAAGACGCUAUUGAGGUGUCCUUGCCCUGCAUAUGUAAAUAUUGAAUAUUUAAAAAGGGAAUUAAAAGGUAUAGGGCAUAAAAUGAAUUCUAAUGACUUGAAAAGUAUUGAAUCUGCAAAAGAUAUUUGUACAAUAAUGCUAAUUUUUAAAAAGCUUGUUGAAGAACAAUUUGAAAAUUUAUAAAUAACUGUUUUGAAAAUAUCUAUUUUUGCUA